UGGCGUGUGUACCUGCACAUGUUCAUGGAAUGCGUCUUCCUCGCUGACAUUCCUCCCAGUGUGCCUGGACAUGCCUUAUAUCUGCCCCCCCGUGAUUGGUGCUCCGGUGACGUCGGCGGGGUGUGGCUUCCUCUCCGGAUUUCUGACGGUUUAAUGAUUAAGAGGCUGACGAUGGAAUGUGAUUGAAACCAACAGGAGCUGCGGCUGCACCCACCACCCGGCCUGCCAACGGGUACCAGCGAGUCAUGGCUCACCGGACGGGCUAAUGUCACCGAUGGUUCUCCUCACCGCCUGAUCAUACACAAGGAUCCCCGGGGCCGGGCGUGCAACAGGCACAGAUAUGCCGUCUCCAACAGAGAUCCUAAAGAAGGAGCUGGAGGAAGAGCUGAAGCUGAGCGGUGAGGAUUUGAGAAGUCAUGCCUGGUACCAUGGACCCCUCCCCCGCCAGGAGGCAGAGAAGCUCUUAGAAAAAGAUGGCGACUUCCUGAUUCGCGACUCGCUCUCCUCUCCCGGGGACUACGUCUUAAGCUGUGUGAGCGCCAAGCAGGUUCUGCACUUCAAGAUCAUUGCCGUCAACUUGCGUCCCCGGCGAGGGGUCUCACGCACGCUCUACCAGCUGGAACAGGACCGCUUUGACAACAUUCCCGCCCUGGUUCGGUCGUACGUCGGCGACAGGCGGGCGGUGUCUGAAUCCUCAGGGGCCGUCAUAGAGAAUCCCGUCAACAGGACAGUGCCUCUGAGUGCGGCGGGGGAGAGGCAGGAAUCCCAGAAGGCAAACAAGGAAAACAGGCGGAGUCUUCACGUGACAGAUAACAGCUUGCUCAGGACCAAAGACAGGUUCGGGAGCCAACCUGGCAAUCUGGACAUCUUGAAGGAAAGACCGUUACAGAGCGCUCAGUCUGACAGCAACCUCUUCUCAGCUGUUACAGCAGAAACAUCGGCGUCUCCAGAUGACACAUCUACCAUCCCAUUAUCGCCUAUUUUCCGAACGGGCAGCGACCCAGUCCUCAGAGCCAAACUUCAAACAAUCCAGCCUCUGGACUGCGGUGGUAACAAUGCCUUGAGGGGUUCCGACAGCCAGCUACACUCCAAGGCUCCACCCAAGCCCAUACGAGCUCCAUCAUUGCUGCUUCCAGACCCUCCUGAUGGGAUGGACACCUAUUGGGAGUUGGUCCCUCGUGUCCCAGAGGCACCUCGAAGACUUAUGGACACCAUGAAAGUUGAGGAACGGUGGAAGAACCGCGCCCGAGCCACAGAGACCACUUUUGGUUUCCUGGACUCAGACAAGUCCCCAGAUGUCAUUCAGUCGUCAAAGGGUCAUUUUGAUUUAGACAACCCUAGAAACUCUAAACCGGUCUACUCCGAAGUUGUCAAAACAAAACUGGUUCAUAAAGAGGUGGAUAAAUCUAGGACAGUCGUUUCUGAAAGCAAUAAAUACAAACCGGUCCAUUCGCCGGAGGAAAGGCCUAAAACAGAACAAUCUAGAACUGAACAUCUCAGCCAACCACACCAUAAGCCGAGACUUUCCAAGAUGGACCAUGUAAUAUUGGAGACUGCUGAAGAUGAGGAUGGUUUCAUCCGGCCGCAGAUUCAGACCAUAACAUCGUACAAUCCCAAAACCUUCCCGUCCAUUCUGCUGUCGCCGGAGAACAAGCCUCUGGAGGCAAAUGCUCUGCGAAAGCUGAAAGAGAUUGUUAGUCAACGAGACUGCAAGGAGAGCGCCCUCCAUAUUCUCCGCGAAAACUGCCAAGAAAUUCGGAUGUGGGGGGUGAGCGAGGAGCAGCAGAGGAUUAUGGGGGUGAAGUCGGGCCUGGAACUGCUGACGUUACCCUACGGCCAGCAGCUGAGACGGGAUCUGCUGGAGAGGCACCACCUGCUGUCUCUGGGGGUAGCUGUGGAUAUCCUGGGCUGCACCGGCGCGGUGAGCGAGAGAGCGCACACCCUGCACCGUAUUAUCCAUCUGGCCAUGGAGCUGAAGGACUUUGCUGGAGAUCUUUUUGGUUUUUCGGCUGUUAUGAAGGCCCUGACCAUGCCCCAGGUUGCCCGCCUGGAACAAACAUGGCAAUCGCUCCGGCAAACGCACACCGACAGCGCCAUCGCUUUCCACAAACAGCUGAAACCGGCCUUACGGGAAAUGGAGGAAUGCCUGUCACUGCCAUCAUUGACCAAUAUAGUGGUGCCGUACGUCCUGCCAGUUCUCAGGGCCUUGGAAGGAGAAGAUGACUGGGGUGGCCCCGUGGAGGAGAGCUGCGGGCGGCUCCUGCGUGUACUGCAAGCAGCGAGGACGUACGUCGCCAAUGAGGAGACUUACCGCAAUAAUGCCGAGAACAAACUAGCCGGAUUCGUUCCUCACCCCGAACUCAGAGAGGCCUUCCAGACGGAGUUCUCCCUCAGGAUUUUCUGGGGCAGUAAAGGCGCCGCGGUGGAACAAAGUGAAAGAUACAAGAAGUUUGACCAGAUCCUGAGCGUUUUAUCCCAGAAACUGGAGCCAGAGACUCCGAGAAGUCGGCUAGCGAGUUCUGUGUAUGGACACGCCUACUAGACUGAUAUCUGAUCAAAGUAGGUCAACUUUAUCGAAAAAAGUCAACAAUGACAUUCUGAUUUGUUACAAUUCUCUACGGAGUUCAUUCUUCACCUUCCAACCACAAGAUGUUCAGCGACUCCGUAUAUCUUCUCCUGAUAGCCUCACGGGCCCCUGGGCAAAGUAAUGCACUGGGCCUCUACCAGCCUGCCCCAGAUGUAAUGCAAGACUAUCAUGGGGCCCCCUAUGCACCUGGGGCCCCUGGGCAGUGCCCAUGCAUUAGGACAGCCCUGUAUCUACUUGACCGAAAUGUAGUCACACCUUUUUUUCUGUUGUUUAUAGCUUGCCACUUUUAUAUCUAUUAGACCAGUGAUCUCCAAACUGUGGCCCGGGGGCCGGACGCGGCCCUUUGCUUGCUUUUAUCCGGCCCUUGGGGAACUAUUU